AUGAACGGCGCCCCACCUAACGAGAUCACUUUCUCUGACUACCUCGGCCUCUGUACCGCAGCGUACGAAUGGGCCGACAGUUAUGAUUCAAAAGACUGGGAUCGUCUGAGGAAAUGCAUUGCCCCGAAUCUUCGCGUUGACUACCGAUCCUUCCUGGACAAGCUCUGGGAGGCAAUGCCAGCCGAGGAGUUCAUUAGCAUGGCCUCUGACCCUUCGGUGCUGGGCAACCCGCUGCUCAUGACGCAGCACUUCUUUGGUAUGUCGCGCUGGGAGAAGGUGUCGGACACAGAGGUCAUCGGCUACCACCAGCUGCGGGUGCCGCACCAGAGGUAUAAGGACGAGACGCGUGCCGAGAUCGUCGUCAAGGGCCACGCCCACUCGGCCAACCAGCACUGGUACAAGAAAAUCGACGGCGUGUGGAAGUUUGCGGGCCUGUGUCCCAUCAUCCGGUGGGGUGAGUACGACUUUGACAAGGUCUUUGCCGAUGGACGGGAUCAGUAUGGCCAGGAGGAGGAGCAGCAGGUUCCGGCUCAGGAACCGAAUGUAGAUAACGCGGUCAAGGAAGACCAGGUACAGGUGCUAGAAAAGGAGCUUGGGGCCACGCUCGCCUAG